UUAGUUUUCUCACUUUGUUACUCGUAAAAUGUUUCAAUUUCUUCUAGCUAUUCUCUUCUCCUUGUCAUGGAAAAUUACUACCUCAGCUCUUCCUGCUGAGGACUAUCUCCAUUGCCUUUCCCUUCGUUUUGAGAACUCUUCUUCCAUCGUUUACACACAGCACAAUUCUUCCUACUACUCUGUUUUGAAAUCAUCUGCUCAAAAUUUCAGGUUCACGACACCGUCAACUCCUACACCUUUGGCCAUUAUAACACCACUGCAUGCGUCCCACAUCCAAGCUGCAGUUUAUUGUUGCAGAAAACUUGGUCUGCAAGUCAGAACUCGAAGUGGGGGUCAUGACUACGAGGGUCUUUCUUAUAUGACGGCUUAUAAGGUUCCGUUUGUGGUGAUUGAUUUGAUGAAUCUUCGAUCGGUUCAUGUUAACGUUGAUGAAGCUACAGCAUGGGUUGAAUCUGGUGCAACUAUUGGUGAAUUGUACUAUGAGAUUUUUCAGAAAAGUAGAACUCUUGCCUUUCCGGCUGGUAUCGGCUACACAGUCGGUCUUGGUGGACAUUUGAGUGGAGGUGGCUAUGGUUCGUUGCAUCGAACAUAUGGUCUUGCCGCAGAUAAUGUACUCGACGCUCGUUUGAUUGAUGUUAAAGGAAGAGUUCUUGAUCGAAAAUCUAUGGGAGAGGAUUUGUUUUGGGCCAUUCGAGGAGGUGGUGGGGGAAGUUUUGGGAUCGUCCUUGCUUGGAAACUGAAAUUAGUCCCAGUUCCAGCUAAUGUUACUGCUUGUAGAGUCACCAAAACGUUAGAGCAAAACGCGACCAAACUUGUCCAUCGGUGGCAAUAUAUUGCGCACAAACUCCCCGUAGAUAUGCACACCGGCAUUACCAUAUCAAGGGCAAAUUCAGGUGAAUAUGAGAAGAUGACGCUCCGAGCAACUUUCAGUUUCGUAUUUCUUGGAAGCAUCGAUGAGCUGCUUCCAUUGAUGGAAGAUAAAUUCCCUGAACUCGGAUUAGGGAACGGAGAUUGCUUCGAAAUGACUUGGGCUGAAUCUAAUCUCUAUCUUGUACGACUCCCAAUCGGUGUACCAUUGGAAACUUUACUUAAUAGGAGUUCAGAAACAGUUCUUUCGAAAUUGUUCUUCAAAGCAAAAUCCGACUUCGUAAAACAGCCUAUUCCUGCAACUGUGCUUAAAGGAUUGUGGGCCAAGUUCUAUGAGGAAGAAGCCAAAACAGCAAUAAUCACAUUUGUGGCAUACGGUGGGAAAAUGGAUGAGAUUUCUGAGACUGAAACUCCAUUUCCUCACAGAGCUGGUAACCUAUACGGCAUCAUGUACCUACCAGGCAUUUUUGUCACUCAAGAUUGGUGUGGCGAGCUCGAAUAGCCUCAGGGCUCUCUCCCAAAGCCUCGCCCAAUUUAUACACCACCAUCUCAAACAACACAAACAAUCCUCCCUCGUAAACACUCCCC